GCCGUCGCUUUCGGGGGACCACAUCUAUAUUAUGUGGCUAACGCCGAAGAAAAACACCUUCCAGUCGGCUGCGAGAAGACACGUAACGUGGGCACGAGUGGCGCGAGCGCAUACCUGCGAGCAGGGAAAGGUGAUUUCACAGCCUGUGCACGCGAUGACAGUUUAGACACAAAAAAGGGGGAGAAAAAACCGCUGGUGUGACGCGUGAACAUGGCCACCCAGGAGCCGUCUCCUCCCUCGUCCAUGGAGAGCAACAAGCCCGGCUUCCCCAAGAAGAUCCUGGGCAACAAGCUGGAGGACAAGCACCUGUGCAACUGCUGCCACAACAUCCUGCGCCGGCCGUUCCAGGCCCAGUGUGGACACCGCUUCUGCUCCUACUGCUUCAACAGGACUGUGAGUAAUGGACCCCAGAAAUGCAGCGCCUGCAUUAAAGAGGAUAUUUUUGAGGAUCCUACAUCGAUUUUGAAACAAGGAUGUGCUUUUCCUGACAACGCAGUCCGAAGGGAAGUCGAAAACCUCUCGGCUGUUUGUAUCAAUGAAAACUGCACGUGGAAAGGCAGCAUUAAAGACUACGAGCUGAACCAUGAGGGGAAGUGUGAGUUCAUGAUCAUCCCGUGCCCGUCCUGCAAAGAACGAAUCCGCUUCAACGAACAGGAGCGCCAUAACGAGCGAGAGUGCCCCGAGAGAACACUCAACUGCAAGUACUGCAAGGAGCCAUUCCACUUCAAAAACAUCAAGGCACAUGAUGAGAUCUGUCCAAAGUACCCGAUGAUCUGUGAAGGCUGUGCCAAGAAGAAAAUACCCAGAGAAAAGUAUGUGGAUCACAUCAAGUUCUGCAGCAAAUUCAGAACUCCGUGUCGAUUUCAUGUGGUGGGAUGUGAUAUGUCUGUGGAAAAGGAAAAGAUUCAUGACCACGAGCGCUCCUACGCCUACGAGCACCUCAACCUGCUGCUGCACUACAUCAUGGGCAUGAAGGUGAGCAUGGAGGGCCUGCAGCCGCAGGGGCUGGAGGUCGCCGGACACAAACUGGUGGAGCUCCAACAGUCCCUGCGGGAGCUGGAGGCCAGAGUCUCCCAGCUCAGCACCUCCUCCUCUGGGCCUCCCGUGCAGGGAGCGGCCGCCGCCUCCUCCUCCUCCUCCAGCUCCGGUCCUCCUGGUCCUCCUGCUUCAGCUCCUCUCCCUCCGCCUCCCACUCUGGCUCCCACUCUGUCCGUGUCCACCUCCUUCACGCCGCUGCCCAGCUCGGUGGGCGCCGCCCUGGAGCUCCAGCUCCACAGCGAGAAGACCAAGGUGGUGGAGCUGGGCCGCAGGUGUACCGAGCUCGAAGUUAAAUCCGGCACGUUUGAAAACGUGGUGUGCGUCCUGAACAGAGAGGUGGAGAGGUUCGCCACCACCAUGGAGGCCAGCAACCGCCAGCACAAACUGGACCAGGACAAGAUCGAGGCGCUGAGUAACAAAGUGCGGCAGCUGGAGCGGACGGUGGGGCUGAAGGACCUGACGGUGGCGGAGAUGGAGGGCCGGCUGAGGGAAAUGUCUGCAACCACCUUCGACGGCGUCUUCGUCUGGAGGAUAUCUGACUUCGCCAAAAAGAGACAGGACGCAAUCGCAGGUCGAGCCCCGGCCAUGUUUUCACCAGCCUUCUACACCAGUAAGUACGGCUAUAAGAUGUGUCUGCGGAUCUAUCUGAAUGGAGAUGGGACGGGGCGCGGCAGCCACUUGUCCCUGUUCUUUGUGGUGAUGAGAGGACUGAGCGACGCUCUGCUCAAAUGGCCUUUCAACCAGAAGGUGACUCUGAUGCUGCUGGACCAGAGCAACAGGGAGCACAUCAUCGACGCCUUCCGCCCCGACGUCACCUCCUCCUCCUUCCAGCGGCCGGUGAGCGAGAUGAACAUCGCCAGCGGCUGCCCGCUCUUCUGCCCGCUCUCCAAACUCGACGCCAAGAACUCCUACAUCCGCGACGACACCAUCUUCAUCAAGGCGAUCGUGGACCUCACGGGCCUCUAGACGGGCCCACACAGGGUGGUACUGUAGUUUUUGGCAAAAACCAGGCAGCUCUUUGACCAUUAAAAGCUUCAUUUUAGCUCAGUCGUGGUCCCUUUAGGGCUUCUGUUCAGGCAUCUUACGGUCCCCUGCAGCUUCAGGGAGACUAAACAUGCUUGCGGCUGCGUGCGGCUGCAGUUUGCUCCGUCCAGACGGCGCCGGCGUUGUCAUAACGCUGGUCGUCUCUGUAACGAGAACCGCCUUCAUUGCUGUACAUUUCAGGUGCAAAAUGUUUUCUUUUAACGUCACAACAACACGAAUAAAAAGUCACCUCAGUUGUGCACAUAACAUUUCAGUUAAAGGACGAAGAAAGCGCCAGUGCAGCGAGGUCAGUGCAGUGGAAGCAGAGAUGUUAUGACGGAGUAAUAAAGAGUGAACAUCUUUUUCUUUUAAAUCUGCAUUUGAAGAGAACGUGCAGUGUUAGAACAGGGUUGUAGAUUACAGAUAGUUGAUGUGAUCUUUCUGAUAAUAGAGUUAGAGCAUGGCUUGGUGCAGUUUUAUGCUUCUUUUUUUUUUUACAUUUUCUUGCAGAUUGUGGAUAUUGUGAGCUUCUCAAUUCCAGUGUCGAGUGAAUUUGCAUAGACAAACGUGGAGUUAUGUUAUGAAUAAGAUUACAGGCAUUUUUUUUGCCUUUUUUCCUUUUGGCGCAAAGUGCAUGCCGCUGGCGUUCUUUUGAAAACGGCUCCUUAUUUUGGACUGAGGGUUCCUCGUUUGUUGUUGUUAGUGAAUUAGCCAUCCGUGAUGGUGGACAUUGCCUGCAUGUCUUUUGGAUAGCCAGGCUAUUUUACAUGUAAAGUUAGUGUUGCGUAUUUGUUCCUAUUAGGGGUUCGGUGGUUCUGAUUGGUGGUUUGGUACAUCUGUGGAAGAUACAGUGGAGUUACCAAGGAGUCAGGGCAGCUUGCCACUCAAGCCUGAGGCAUAAAACUCUGACAAACAUUACAUAGCUGGAGUUUUCCCCCCCAGGAUAUGCUCACUAGCUCGCAUCUCAACACAUAGUACCGUGCCCCACCACAGACUGAGGUUAACACAGAUUCCACGAAAUGAAGGAAUUGUUCGUUCCUUGUUUUCUGUCCAUUAUACAAGUAUACCGUGCAUAUGUGUUUCUGCUGCUCUUAAGAUAGAAUACUGAUGUGAAUCUAAUAUAUAUGUUGGUGCAAAUAUGUGUGUGAAGGCUGAGAAAUAAGAAAGGAUUGUAAUACUUUGUUGGGUUAUUUAUCGCAGAUUGAUGUUCAGUGCAGCCCCAGAUUUUUGCUCUCACUGAUUUUCCAAAAACAAGGCACCACAAACAUUAUAUCUCAUCUAAACAUGUACUUUUUCUACGUG